GAAAAAAGAAAAGAAAAAUAGAAAAGCAAAUGGAGAAGCGUAUAUUAAGCGGUACCUCAUGAAUCUCCUUAAUUCCCUCGGAUUUGGUGUUUUGUAGUAUUUAUAAAUUAUAGGUUGGUAGCGAUCCUGAGUUGUAGUUGAAGUUGGUGAUGAUGGCGCGAGAGGAGAUCGUGUACAUGGCGAAGCUGGCGGAGCAGGCGGAGAGGUACGAGGAGAUGGUGGAGUUCAUGGAGAAGGUGUCCGGGUCUCUCAGGGAGAAUGAGGAGCUGAGCGUGGAGGAGCGGAAUCUGCUGUCGGUGGCUUACAAGAACGUAAUCGGGGCGAGGCGUGCUUCAUGGCGAAUAAUCUCGUCGAUAGAGCAGAAGGAGGAGUCCAAGGGAAACGAGGAUCACGUCGCCACCAUAAAGACCUAUCGCUCCAAGAUCGAGAAGGAGCUCUGCAACAUUUGCGACGGCAUUCUUCAGAUGCUCGACCAGCGCCUCGUCCCUUCUGCUUCCUCUGGCGACUCUAAGGUCUUCUACCUUAAGAUGAAGGGGGACUACCACAGGUACUUGGCUGAGUUUAAGACUGGCGCUGACAGAAAAGAAGCUGCUGAGAGCACUCUCUCAGCCUACAAGGCUGCUCAGGACAUUGCCAACUCCGAUCUGGCUCCCACGCAUCCAAUCCGACUUGGGUUGGCUCUCAAUUUCUCUGUUUUCUACUACGAGAUUCUCAACUCCCCUGACCGAGCCUGUAGUCUUGCAAAACAAGCAUUUGAUGAAGCGAUUGCUGAGUUGGAUACCUUGGGCGAGGAGUCCUACAAAGACAGCACAUUGAUCAUGCAGCUUCUCCGUGAUAACCUGACUUUAUGGACCUCUGACGUUCAGGAGGAAGGUGCUGAUGAGAUAAAGGAAGCCUCCAAAGCUGAAGAGGGGCAGCAGCAGUGAGGAGCUCCUACUAGAUUAAUUCACUACCACUAGUUUCUUUGGUGUUACUUUCUUCUUAUUUUUACAACCUCAAAUUCAGUUUUAGCUGCCGUUUAUGGUUUACUGUACUAGUUCGUCUGUUAGAGCAUUCUACAUUUAAGUUUUCUUUAACUAUGCCAAUUUGUAAGCUUCUCAUCAA